UAAAUGAAGCACUGAAUAAAGCCAAGAAAGCUGAAUAUACUUCAGAAUUAUCAGACAUUGAAAUAGGUCCAAAUAAUGUUAAAAGAAAAAGAAAAACUGAGUGUUUAAACAGCGACCUAGUUCAACCAAGUAAUUUUAAAUCUUUAACUAUUACUAUUUUAUUAAGAAAUAUUAAUAAUUAAAACUAUUGAACAGGUAAUAUUAGAAAAAUUACUAAUAAGCGUAUUUUUAAUAAAGAUGGCUCAUCUACCAGUAUUUCUAAAAAGCAAAACGAUGAACAUGAAAAAGAAUAUUAUUCACAGAACAAGAAUAUUUUAAUACAAAAUGACAAUGAAGAAAAUUCCGAAAUAUGUUUGUAUUUAAAACCUAAUAGUUAUAAAGAAAUGUGAUUAUAUAUUUUAAUGUUUCUUAAUGAUUAGCGUCUGCAGAAUCAUCAGCUGAUGAUUCAGACUUAGACAAAAACUACUUCCCAAAGAGUCAACAAUACGGUGAUGAUGUUAAAAAGAAUGAUGAAUUUUGUGAAAAUGUCUUCGCAAGUAUUCAGCAAGAUGAUAAAGAUAAAGAUGAUUUCUUACAAUCAACAGAUUAUAAGUUUGUAAGCAGUAACGAUGAUUAUUCUUUAACUGUUGAGUGUAAACAAGCAAGUCUUAAUAAACAAAAUGAUAAUGCUGUCUCUGCUACUCCUACUAGUUUUAAAACCAUGGACGAAUGUGAUAAUGUUGGCACAAAUCUCAUACAAAAUGUAGAACAAACUAUGAUGACUACACCGCCAGUUAAAUCUUCAAGUGAUCUUAAAGCAGUGAUGCACUACUUGGCAUACAUCAAAUGUGAAGUGAAUAGAAUUUCCGAAACACAACAAGAAAUAAUUGAAAUACUUAAUAACAAUAAUGCUCAAAUUUUACAAAAAACCACUGAUUUAUUGAGUUGUGAUAAUUAUGAAACCGACUAUUUUGUAAUGAAUUGGCCAAUAAACGAUGAUGACGGACUUUUAGAUCUUGAAAAUAAAAUGAAAGAUAGAGCCUUUUAUAAACUAGUUGUUAGUGAGUUGACUCGGCUUGGUGGUAAAACUCUGUCAAGAAUCAUCAACAAGAUGUUGAAGAAAGUGUUUGAUGAUACCAUAUUGAUUAAAUUUACCUAUUAUGGUUUGAGAAACAAAGAAAGUUUUCACACCCUAUCUAUUAAUAAAGCUAUUUUCGAGGCUGUAAGAAAAUCUAAACAGAAAUUGGCUUCAGAUGAAGAAAUCAUCAUAUCCAUUGGUAAAUAUAUGACUGGUGCUAAAGGCAGAAUAGAACAACUAACGUCAAAAACCAAUAAUUCUUAAAUACAA